AUGGGUCGCGUUCGAACGAAGGUCAGUAAAAUCGAACCUAGACUGCUAUUAUGGCGGUAUGAUAUUUUCUCGCAACAACCACUAAUAUAUUGCUGCAUUCAGACUGUAAAGAAGUCCGCUAAAGUCAUCAUCGAGCGGUACUAUCCAAAGCUCACUCUCGACUUCGAGACCAAUAAGAGAAUAUGCGAUGAAAUCGCCAUUAUCGCCUCCAAGCGUCUUCGCAACAAGAUCGCUGGUUACACCACCCAUUUGAUGAAGCGUAUUCAGCGAGGACCUGUUCGUGGUAUUUCCUUCAAGCUGCAAGAAGAAGAGCGUGAACGCAAGGAUCAAUAUGUCCCAGAAAUCUCCGCGUUGGACUUCACCCAGAAUACCGAGAGUGGUCAGCUGGAUGUCGACUCUGAUACCAAGGACUUGUUGAAGAGCAUGGGCUUCGACUCUAUUGCUGUCAAUGUUGUUCCUAUCAGCCAGCAGGCUCCCCAAGAGAGAGGUGGUCGCAGAGUUUUCGGCACCGAUAGACCCGGUCGUCGCGAAUAG